GGGCCCCGGCAUUAAGAAUUAUGCAUUAAGAAUUAUGCAAGUUGUAUGCUUUCUCCUCCUAUAAAUACAGGUCGUGUGACCUUUGAAACUACCAAGUAGUACCGCUUUUUAGUUUUCAACUUGAUUAUUUGGUAUCUCUGAAAAUUCUAUUAGCAUGGCUCCUGUUCCAAGUUUUCCCAUCAAGGUUGGCCAAAUUGAUGAUGUUCAAGAACUAAGAAAGGCUAAGCCAACAACAAUUCCUGCAAGAUUUGUUAGAGACAUGACAGAGAGGCCAAUACUAAACACAGCUCCAUCUUCUCCUGAUGAUUUUCCUAUCAUUGAUUUUUCAAGGCUUAUAAAAGACAACCGAGAUGAGUACUGCGGAAGUGAAAUUUUGCAGCUUGCAAGAGCCUGUGAACAAUGGGGUUUUUUUCAGGUGAUUAACCAUGGAAUUGAUCUGAGUUUGCUUGAGAAAAUAGAAGAGGUGGCCAGUGAUUUUUUCAUGCUACCUUUAGAGGAGAAGCAAAAGUAUCCAAUGGCACCAGGAACUGUUCAAGGGUAUGGACAGGCCUUUGUUUUCUCUGAGGACCAAAAGCUGGAUUGGUGCAAUAUGUUUGCUCUUGGGAUUGAGCCACACUUUAUAAGGAACCCAAAACUGUGGCCACUAAAGCCACCAAAAUUCAGUGAAACUGUAGAGGAGUAUUCAAGAGAAGUGAGAAAGUUGUGUCAGAAUCUAUUGAAGUACAUAGCCAUGACACUUGGCUUGAAAGCAGACAUUUUCGAAGAGAUGUUUGGGGUAGCUGUGCAAGCCAUAAGAAUGAAUUACUACCCACCGUGUUCAAGACCUGAUCUUGUCUUAGGCCUAAGUCCACAUUCAGAUGGCAGUGCCUUAACUGUGUUGCAGCAAGGAAAGGGUAGUAGCUCAGUUGGACUCCAAAUCCUUAAGGACAACAAGUGGGUGCCUGUUCAGCCUGUUCCAAAUGCAUUAGUAAUCAAUAUUGGCGACACUUUAGAAGUCCUAACAAAUGGGAAAUACAAAAGCGUGGAGCAUAGGGCUGUGACUCAUAAGGAAAAAGACCGUCUCUCUAUUGUCACUUUCUAUGCUCCAAGCUACGAUAUUGAGCUUGGACCAAUGCCAGAACUGGUGGAUGAAAACAACCCAUGCAAGUAUAGGAGGUACACUCAUGGAGAGUACAAUAAACACUAUGUAACUAACAAGCUGCAAGGCAAGAAAACCCUGGAAUUCGCAAAGAUUAAAAGCUAAGGAAUCUUCUUAAAAGAGGUCCCACUUAGUCCCCCAAUCCUGGGGUACUAAAAUAGUGAUUAGAAUUUUUUUAUACUGUUGUUAGUGUUUCAGUUCCUAAUGUAUUAUUCUAUAUUAGAAUAUGAGGCCAUAGUCGGCUCUUGUAUAUAUCAACCCAUGAUGGACUGCACUAUUCAAUAUUCAUGUGUUUUAACUCAUAAACUUGUAUUAGCCCAUACUAAUUAGUGGAAGCUUGUGGGGUCUUUGUGUUUAUGAGCAUUUCUUGUCCAGUUGUGUUUGAUUCUGUUGAAAAAACAAGUAUAUGGGAAAACAAUAUCAGAACAGUAGAAGAUGCUACUUUUAACUGUUUCUUUUUGGUAAUCAAGAUUCCUAACGGGGAAAGAAGCUAACAAUCAUGUAGGUACCUAAAGCACCACCACCCCCAUAAUUCUGAAAGAAUCAAACCAAGGAAACGGACAAAAUCAUCGGUCUUCCAUUCUUCAGGGGAAAAGAGAGAAUUCUUUUUCUUAGUGGUCACUGGUCAGAGAGAGGAGAGCCCCACACAUUCUAAGUUGUUGAUAUAAUUGGAGUGAAGGGAAGCACUAGGCAAGCAACUUGUUGUGAUGGGUUUUUGAUGAUUCAAAGCUGAAAGGACAUUUAGGUGCUAACAAUAAGCAGAGGAGCACAAAGAAGAGCUCUAGCAUGCAUGACAUAAGAUGUCAGGUAAACAGGAGAUACAAGAUCAACUUGUUUUUGCCAAAUGAUCACAUCAUAAACAUACAAGCAGUAGUUUCUUUUUC